AUGACAUCUGCUUAUUUCGGAGUCGCUGGCGGUGGCAAUGCUGGAGCACAAUCGGCUUACUUUGGAGUUGGCGGAGGACCUGCUGGAGGAGGUGGGGCUCCUAAAAUGGGAGGAGGAGGCGGUGCACCACCACCAGGAACAUCGUGCUACUUGGGAGCUGGAGGAGCCGGAGGAGGCGGUGGCGGCGGUGCUCAAUCCGCAUAUUUCUCUGUUACACCAACCGGAGCUGGAGCCGCACCAGUCGGAGGAGGAGCUGCUUUCGCACCACCACCCGCUGCUGGUGGCGGAGCAUCAACAAUGACAGCUCUCGGAGGAGCACCAUCUGGAGCAUCGACAAUGACCGCAGUUGGAGGAGCACCAAGAGGAGCUAGUACUAUGACCGCCGUUGGAGGAGCCCCAACUGGAGCUUCCACCAUGACUGCUGUGGGUGGAGCCCCAACCGGAGCCUCAACAAUGACUGCCGUCGGAGGAGCCCCAUCUGGAGCUUCGACCAUGACUGCCGUUGGAGGUGUUCCAUCUGGAGCUUCCCCAAUGACUGCUGUUGGUGGAGCCCCAUCUGGAGCUUCCACCAUGACCGCCAUUGGAGGAGCACCACGUGGAGCCAGUACCAUGACUGCUGUCGGAGGAGCACCAAUGGGAGGAACAUCAACUAUGACUGCAAUCGGAGGAGCCCCAUCCGGAGCUUCCACCAUGACAGCUGUGGGAGGAACUCCAUCUGGAGCCUCUACCAUGACUGCCGUUGGAGGAGCACCAUCUGGAGCAUCGACGAUGACUGCUGUCGGUGGAGCACCACGUGGAGCUUCCACAAUGACCGCUGUUGGUGGAGCCCCAAUGGGAGGAGGUGCCUCUACAAUGACUGCUGUCGGAGGAGCCCCAUCCGGAGCCUCAACAAUGACUGCCGUUGGAGGAGCCCCAAGAGGAGCUUCCACUAUGACAGCUGUUGGAGGAGCCCCAGCAGGAGGACCAAGCACCAUGACUGCUGUCGGAGUUGCUGCUGGAGGAGGUGGAGCUUCCGCUCUCGGAGCUGCCCCAGCUGGAUCUAUGGGAGGAGGUGGUGGCGGUGGAGCCACAUCCGGAUACUUCGGUGUCGGACAAGGAGUGAUGGGUGGAGGUGGAGCCGCUGGACAGUCGGCAUACUUCGGAGUUGGAGGAGGACCAGCUGGAGGUGGUGGUGGAGCCAAGACUGGAGGAGGCGGUGGAGGAAUCCCGGGACAAUCAGUGUAUAUGGGAGCUGGAGGAGCUGGAGGAGGCGGUGGCGGUGGCGGAGCCACUUCUGCUUACUUCGCACCAAAAUAA